CAUGCGCAGGCGGCGCCCUAUAUAAGUGCCUUGGCGCCGGCGCCAGCUGAGAACAGUCCAGGUUUGGGCGGCAGCGGCGGCUGAGGCAACUAUCUGGAACCCUAAUAAGAUGUCAAGGCGCAGUAGCCGUUUACAAGCCAAGCUGCACCAGCCCUGCCAGGAUACGUCUCCUCAAGAACAGCAGGUGCCAGAGUCUCUUCAGAACAGAAAAAGGAAAGCAAUGCAGGACCCCACGAGAUCAGAAGAGAUCAACAUGAGACAUCAGUAUGAAAUUAAGAGUUGUUGGCCAUCUACAAUAUCAGGCGGCAUCUCCCCUUGUAUUAUAAUAGAAACUCCUCACAAAGAAGCAUCAACCACUGAUUUUUCCAGAUUCAAAAAAUACAGGUUCAGAAACCUCUUCAUAAAUCCAUCACCUUUACCUGAACUAAGUUGGGGAAAUUCUAAAGAUGUCUGGUUCAACAUUCUCAAAAAGGAGAACAAAUAUUCUCACUGUAAGCAUUUCACAUCUCUACACUCCAACUUGCAGCCGCAUAUGAGAUCAAUCCUAUUGGACUGGCUUCUGGAGGUAUGUGAAGUAUACACGCUCCAUAGGGAAACUUUCUACUUGGCACAAGACUUUUUUGACAGAUUCAUGCUGACUCAAAAGAAUUUAAACAAAACCAUGCUUCAGCUCAUAGGAAUUACAGCCUUGUUCAUUGCUUCGAAACUUGAGGAGAUUUAUGCUCCCAAACUACAGGAAUUUGCCUAUGUUACUGAUGGUGCUUGUAGUGAAGAUGAUAUUAUAAGAAUGGAGCUUAUUAUAUUAAAGGCUCUAAAGUGGGAGCUGUGCCCAGUAACGAUCAUCUCUUGGCUGAACCUUUAUCUCCAAGUGGAUGCUCUGAAAGAUGUCCCAAAGGUGCUGCUACCUCAGUAUUCUCAGGAAAAGUUUAUUGAAAUAGCACAGCUUUUAGAUCUAUGUAUUCUAGAUGUCAAUUCUUUGGAUUUCCAGUAUAGAAUAUUGGCGGCGGCUGCACUCUGUCACUAUACCUCAGUACAUGUAGUUACAAAAGUCUCAGGUUUGGAGUGGGACAGUAUUGCAGAAUGUGUAGAGUGGAUAAAACCAUUUCUUAAGGUUGCAAAAAAAUCACCAGUGAAACUAAAGAAUUUUAAGAAAAUUGCAGCAGAAGACAGGCAUAAUAUACAAACCCACACAAACUACUUGGACAUGCUGGAUGAAGUCAACUAUGAAGUAGCUGUUGCAGCACCAGGCCAGCUAUCACCGGUGUCUACAGGAGGAAUAAUUACCCCACCCAAGAGUUCUGAAAAAUGAAAUCCCGGCACAACAGGAGCGUGUGCCAACCUGAACAAUAUUGUAAGACUGUUGGAAAAAUACAUCCUGGACUUUUUACACUUGACAAGUGGUUGGGAAGACUAUCAAAAAGAAACUCACAUGCAACUUUGCUGCCCAGUAAAGAACAGACUGACUGCUGAACAGUUCAAUUCAUAAUGAACUACAAAUUUUUAACCUGUUGAAUGGCCUCAAGUAACUUGAGUUUUUUUAAUACCUGUGGGUGAGUGUGUCAGUGGUUUAGCUAUGUAUGAACUUAAGAUAUAUUCUGCUGACAGCACAUUGUACAGUCAACUUCUACACUCAGCAUUAGAAGCCUGCAUAGCAGUGUAACUGCUACUGGGAGAUCAAUCUUGCUUCUAUACUUGUGUAGUAUAGCUAUGAGAUAAGGUGAAACUGGUUUUAAGCAUUGGCACAGGAAAGUGGGGAUGAGAUGAGGCUGCAGUUACACAUUGAAACUACUUCUAAAAUCAGCAGGCAACUUAAGCAACUGGAACAACACCUGCUUUACCGUGAAUAAAUGUCACAUACUACCUCUUUCCUCAUGAGGUGCUAUCUUUCCUUUUAUACAAGAAAAGCUGCCACAAAGCAAGGGUGAAAAAACAAGCAGGUGAAGUUAAGACUGUUCUGCAACAGCUUAAGUACUAGGGAGAGUCCUGCUCUGUCCAAAGUAGUUUACUGUCCCUCUUUAUGCCAGCUUGCAUUACAAAAGCUAACCUGCUUCUGUAUAAUCUUGUAAAAACAAAGGAAGAAUUUUUAAAUUUUCUAAAUAGGAAAAUGCCACACAGUAUGUUUAUAAAUUUGUAAAAAAAA